AGAUUCUUGAGUGUCAUUCAUAGCUGAUCUCACAGAGCUGCACCUGUGUUAGCAGAGCACAAUGGACGCUUUAUACGGUCUCCUUGGCUUUGAGUGGCUGGACACCAGGAGCGUCUUGAUAUUUUUCUUUGUGUUUCUGCUGCUGAGCAAUAUCUUAAAGAGCAGAAAACCAAAAAACUUUCCUCCAGGACCACGGCCUCUGCCGUUUAUUGGAGAUCUUUAUCGCAUCAACCCUGGCAGACUUCACCUGCAGUUUUCAGAGUUUGCAGAAAAAUAUGGCAGCAUUUUCAGUCUCGAUAUUUUUGGAGGAAGGACGGUGAUCGUUAACGGGUACAAACAUGUGAAAGAGGCCCUUGUUGAAAAAGGAGAGAACUUCGUGGAUCGCCCCACCAUUCCACUGUUUUCUGAGUUUUUCAAGAACAAAGGCCUUGUGAUGUCUAAUGGUAAUUCAUGGAAAGUACAGAGGAGGUUUGCUCUUCAUACUUUGAGGAACUUUGGUCUGGGAAAGAAGUCCAUGGAGCGAUACACCCAGCAGGAGUGCCGAUAUCUCACUGAGGCAUUUGCUGAUCAGCAAGGCAAGGCGUUUAAUACCCAGACACUGAUCAACAACGCCGUGUCCAACAUCAUCUGCUGUUUGGUCUUCGGGAGUCGAUUUGAGUACAGUGACAAGCAGUACCAGACUAUCCUUCUUGACUUUAAUGAGAUUAUGCGCUUACAAGGAAGUUUUCUCGUACAGAUUUACAACACAAUCCCCUCAGUAAUGAAGUGGCUGCCAGGACCUCAUCGACAAAUCUUCAGUCUCAUAGAGAAGGUCAUUAAGUUUAUAGAAAUUCGGAUCAAGGAACACAGAGAGAACCUUGACCCGGCGUCUCCAAGAGACUACAUCGACUCCUUCCUCAUAGAGAUGGGAGAGAAAGAGGACAAAGAUUCUGGUUUUGAUCUUUUCAACUUGAGCGCUUGCACUCUGGAUCUGUUCGGUGCUGGAAGUGAAACUACAACCACCACGUUGCACUGGGGGCUGCUGUACAUGAUCUACUACCCUGAGAUUCAAGAGCGAGUCCAGGCUGAGAUAGACGCUGUGAUUGGUUCAUCCAGACAACCCGCCAUGUCCGACAGAGAGAGCAUGCCCUACACUGACGCCGUCAUCCACGAGAUACAGAGGAUGGGAAACAUCCUUCCACUGAAUGUGGCCCGCAUGACGACCAAAGACACCACCCUGGAUAAAUACUCGAUUCCAAAGGGAACCUUGAUUAUAGCAACUCUUCACUCUGUCCUCCAUGAUGAGUCCAUAUGGGAGACUCCUCACUCCUUCAACCCUCAGCACUUCCUGGACCAGGACGGUAAAUUUAGGAAGAGAGAAGCCUUCAUGCCUUUUUCUGCAGGUAAAUUUUUCUCUGUCUAAGGACCCAGCCAGCAU